AUGCCGCAGAAAACGAAUAUCUCUCCUCUCUCCCUUACCGGUACUAUUAGUAAACCGGUCACCCGGAGUGCAUUGUCGUCUUCUCAAUCUGAUGAUAUUCUCAAAGCCAUUGCUAAAUUGGAAUCUUCUCACCAACAACUUCUAAAAUUAAACCAGCAAACCAGUGCUCAACAAUCUGCUCAGUUCGAAGAACUCAAGUCAAACCUUGGUAACAUUUCAACUCAAAUAUCCGAUCUGAAAGCUGAAAACUCCAAUCUUCGUGCUGAACUAACUGCUUUGAAAAGCAAAAUACACCUACUUGAAUCUACACCAAAUACGUCCUCCCCUCAACCCCCUCUACUUGAACUUAUCCAAGAACUCUCUGAACGUGAUAAAUGUAGUUCUAAUGUAAUUGCCUAUGGUUUCACUGAACCCACUUCAUGCACGCCUCAAGAAAGAAUUGCUGAUGACACGAAAUCCGUCUCUGAUGUAUUCUCCAAUCUGUCAUUCAAAUUCCCUACUGACGCUAAACUAUUCAGGCUAGGAAAAAAUGUCACCAACACCCCUCGUCCUCUAAAAAUCAUCCUUAAUUCUAAGGCUGAAGCAGCAUGCCUUCUGUCUUCGCUUAGUGAAGCUAGAAAGAGUCAUGUUAAUCUUCCCCCCGGCAUCAAAUUUGUUCGAGAUAAAUCUAAACUCGAACGUAAGUUACUACGUCAACUUCACGAAGAGCUAGAUCAUCGCAAACAAAAUGGGGAAAUUAACUUAUCCAUAAACUACAUCAACGGAAUUCCACAAAUCAUCUCUUCCAUCUCAAAAAACCACACCAGAGGGCGUCUCUCUCACACCAGUCAACUAGCCGCUUAA